UUGCUCUAUUUCGUGUUGACCAACUGAAAUCCACUAUUACCUCCAGUAAGAAGCCAAGAAAGCAACGAUCCUCAGAUUGGGAGGUCUUGAAGCCCUAGAUUUGUUCUUGAUCGAUUAAAACUACUUUGAUUGUUCGGAAAUUUUUUCCAAGGUAUACCAGUUGAUCAAAAUGCACGAUUUUUGCUUUACGAUUCCGUAUGGAUUGAUCAUGGUUGCUGGAGGGCUUGUUGGAUAUUUUAAGAGGGGGAGCACAGCUUCGUUGGCUGGAGGACUUGGUACAGGAUUUCUACUGCUGCUUGCGGGUGUUGUGAGCCUGAAAGCAUUUGAAAAGCGAAGGAAUUCUUAUUUUGCAUUGUUUCUCGAGACGGGUUGUGCAUUCACACUUACAUUCGUCAUGGGGCAGCGGUACAUCCAAACCUCAAAGAUAAUGCCUGCUGGAGUUGUUGCUGCAAUCAGUGCUCUUAUGACUGGCUUUUAUGUGUACAAGAUCGCGACUGGUGGGAACCAUUUCCCAUCCAAAUCUGAAUGAGUUU